AAAUCGACCGAAAAUAUGGGCAACAUUUUCCUGCUUCUGUUUGGAAUGCAUUUGGUUUAUCUGGACGGAGCCAAUGCUUCCUGGGGUUCGCCGGACAGCAACCAGUACCAUAUACAGACGGAUGAGGGCCCCGAACGGUACUUCCGCUACCAGACGGAUAAUGGGCAAUUUCGGAAGGAGAAACGACUACAGGAUGGUACAGUGAUCGGAACUGACGCAUGGAUUGAUGCUUCUGGCUACUUGCGACAGAACGAUUACAUUGCAGAUCACAAGGGUUAUCGGAUCUUGAAAUCGAAAACCGUCUUCGUUGGACGAGAUCGCCCUAUACAGGACGCUAUUAAGGUGGCCAAAAACAAACCAGCCGAUUCUGGCGUCUUGGUACCUUCGGAUCCUUCCUACGAGCCACCGGCGCCACCAUCUCCUCCAUCUCAGCACCGAAACCAACCUUCCAUCCAAUCGAUAGCGAUUGUGCCCUCUACUCCAGCUCCUAUCUCCGUCCACUCCACACCCUCCCUGAAUGCGGUCUUCAUCCGACCUCAUUCACAACCGAUCGGAUCGGGUUAUCAUCCGUCGUCUCCAUCAUCAACACCCGAACAGAAGUACUUGCCCGCUGCAGGUUCUAGCACACCUUCCCACAGACACUAUUCGUCCAUAUCAGCCAGACCUCCCCAGCUAGAUAUCUACGUACCCUCCACCACUUACACCCCUCUCGUCGGAAAUGAACUUUCCUCCACACCGAUUGCAGUAUACGCGCCCUCCUCAACUCCGAACCCACUGCGAGACGGUUCCGAAGCUCAUCUACCUCCGCUCGUGAUCUACAACAGUAACCCUUCGGUCGCGGUAGAUCCCAACGGAUACAUUGCCGCCACAACGUACACCCCACCACAUCGUCGGCGAAGACCCAACCCAGCGGAACGAAGACGCCGUCCGUCUAGUGAACCGAUCCUAAUUACAUCGUCCCGUCCUUACGUCGAAAGUUCUACACCAGCAACGCUCAACCUAAAACCACUAGUACAAUUGCAGUCACUAGAGCACACCGGUAGCAAUCUGCUCGAUUCGGGCUUCAACCGGGAUCUGAUCGAUCCGCCUGCACAGUACGAUCGACGUUACUACGAUGAGAAUGGACAGGAGCUACCGGUGCGGCGUACCGGCGAAAGCCAUCCGUACGAUGGUGUUGCGGUAACGAACGAUGGUUUCCGUUAUUAUCUGCCCCGACAGUACCACGAGGAACGCAACUCGGGCAGUGACACGCGAGACGGUUCGUUCGGAUACAUUGAUCCGUUCGGCAUUCGGCGCGUGGUGUACUACAACACCGGACCCAACAAGGGCUUUGUGCAUCGUAAAAACAACCGAUUCGUUGGAUUCGAUGCAACACCGUACGAUCCAAGACCGGUCUAG